AUGGACCCGCCUUCAGACCACCGUUCUCUGGGCCCAAGAGCUAAGCUAACAUGUGAGAUGUGCAAGAGACGCAAGGUCAAAUGUGACAAGCUCCAUCCAUGCACAAAUUGCCGGAAAAGUAAUGUUAUCUGUGUACCGGUUGAGCGACCUCGUCUCCCGCGCGGACGCUCCGGAAGGACGAGACUGGUGAAGGACGCGCGAGAGGACUAUGGAAUUGACCUCCGCGACCGGGUUGCGAUGCUGGAGCAGUUGGUCGAGCACCUACUCGGCAGUAGGGCGGCCGUUCGUGGUUCAACUUCUCUGAAAUUAGUUGACGAGAUGGGUUGUAUCCCAUCGUCGUCCCACGCGCCUGGUAAUACCAGUAUCACCACGACUCGGGCCCAGGCCCCUCCUGAGGGCCUGAACUCUGACUACAGCCAAUUUACGGAAUUUCUAACGGGAAAGCACGAUUCCAUCCUUCGUCCCCUGCAAGUGACGUCUGGCGAUAGCAAAAGCAACUUCGAUCUCUUAAACGGACGUCUAUUGCAGAUAUUUGUCGAUCAAGUGGAUCCGAUUUUCCCUUUCCUGCCCUGUACUGCUCUCAGAUUAUAUUUAACCAUGAGCAAACCAUAUCUUCAUUACAGUCUCGACCAUCCGGCCCCUAGCGCCCUCGCACUUGCCGUCAGCUAUAUGACAGUCAGCAGCAUGAGUAGUGACCAAUGCUCGCGGACGCUGGGGAUUCAUAGACAAGUGCUUCUUGAAAAAUACCAUAAGCACACCCAGUCUGCCUUGGAAAAAGUGGAUUAUCUCAACACGGAUGAUCUCACUGUCUUACAAGCAUUUGUCUUGUUCUUGUUAUCUAUUCGGGCUCAUGAGCAGAGCCGAAAGGCUUGGACAAUGCUUAGUCUGGUGUUGCGCAUUGCGCAGUCUCUCUUUCUCUCCGAAUCAGACCCGCCAUUCCCGGUGAGUCCACUGGAGCGGGAGAUGCGGCGGCGCCUGUGGCACGUCAUAACCCUGUUGGACGUCCAGGCCUCCUUUGAUCAUGGAUCCGAGCCAAUGCUGCGCUGGGAUUGCUUGAUAUCCCAGACAUUUUCUCCCGUACACUGCUUGGGUUAUUUGGUCCCGCCUCGGCUUGAUGCAGAGAGCGAACCACUGUCUGCCUCGUUUACAGACCCGAUGUUCAUGACAAUCAUGGGCGAAGCCCAAAAUACUUUUCGUGCCCUCGCCCUCCCCGGGCUCAUGGAUAUUCCCGCUAGGGAUAUUGACAUCCCAUUGCGCCAGCAAAUAGUGGCAGUGUUCCAACAAAAGUCACUCGCUUCACUCACUGGAUAUCAUACGGAUACCAAGGGUUUCCGCUGGUUUUUGGAACGCAUGGUUGAGAUCACCCAUGCUUUCUUGCAGUUGGCAGCAGUGAGACCGGUAUCCAACCCUCCUAAUCUUUCGCCAAGUCUGGUACCCCCAGAACGUUUGUUAUUGAUGACAGUUGAAUUCAUGCAGCUGUUAUAUCGGACUUAUCGCGACGAGCAGAGUGAGCCGUUUAGAUGGUUCAUGCGUUUGUUUGUCCCCUGGCAUCCACUCUCUGUAGCGAUGGAUGAAGUCUGCAUCUGCGAAGACCUUUCUUUGCAGCAUCAUUAUCAAUCACUUAUUGAACAAUUCUUACUCUCAUUCCAAGACAUUCUGACAGAUGUGCAUCGUUCCCUGCUUCAGAAACCUGUUGGCAGAUUCAAAGCACUUCAGCAACCGACGGUUCAACCAUUUGUCUCGGAUACCAGCAGCAUAGCGGUGGACAUCUCUUCAAAUAUUCUGAUUCCAGACGGAUCGUACUUUAAUCAUAAUCAGUGAGCAUGUGUAUAUUUUAGGCAGGCAUCAUCAUGUUUUUGCGUUGGUGUUCUUUGGGCCAUUGAUUGGGGACGGAAGAUUUGAGCACGAUAUAUUUUGGAGUGGCAAGACUAUAGCCGGACAUGUCUCUUGAUAUCCUGGAAUCAAUUUCGUCAUACUGUAGCUUCCUGGCCAAAUACCCAACCGUCU